AUGGCAAGACCAAAACUGAAGCUUGCUUGGAUCGAGGAUCGAAAGAAAAGAAACAUUGCUUGCCAGAAGAGGAUGAAAGGAUUGAUGAAAAUGGCUGAAGAACUAACCAUCUUGUCUGAUACGAAGGCUUGCUUGACCUUUUUCAACCGUGAUGAAGGUAAGCUGGUGGCGUGGCCAUCUCAGGAGGAGGCUGAAUCUCUCAUCGAGCGUUUUUACGCAUUACCGGAAAACCAGAGGAACAUGAACGCGGAUGAUCAAGAGUCAUACAUCAAGACCAUUACCAAGAAGAUCGAGAAGAAACUAGAGCAUUCUCGGAAGGUGGUCGAGGAGUUGGAGAUGGAUCAUCUCAUGCUCCAAAUCCAAAAUGGUAGAAUGCUUGCUGACCUUUCUCAAACCGAGGUUGAGAAGUUAAUGUCAUAUGCAAGUAAGAAGAUCACGGUUUUGACGAGAGAGUUAGGUGCGGAACAUCCGUAUACAAGUGUCGACGAGCCAUUUCUUGGGGAUGAGAUCAUCCCAAAGGCUACGGGUGUUGCUGUUGCACCUGAAUGGGGACCAGGACCUUGUUUCCGCCCGAUGCGAAGGGGAGGUGUCUAUUUAAUGGACAAGUGGUUCGUGGAAAAUCCAGAAGUCCAAAAACAUGGCGAUGGGAUGACUCAUAUGGGAUCUCGAUUUAACCUGAACAUGGAACCUUCUAAUGAUGAUGAGGAGUACAUGAAGACUAAAGACGGAGAGAGCAGCAAGUCUGGUGGUGCGGACAAUGCCUAA